AUGGCUAAGUUUACAAACAAACCUAAGGGUCGUACAAGUAAGAGAUUGGCGUUGAAUAAGAAAUACAAAAUAGAGAAGAAGGUUAAAUAGCAUCACAAAAAGCUCAAAAAGGAAGCCAGAAAGAUGAGUGCCUUGGGAUAAAUAAAGAAAACUUCGUCCAAAGAAAUAGGGAUCCCCAAUAUGUAUCACAUUUAAGAAGAAUAGGAGCAGGAGAAAAAAAUAUAAAAAUUAUAAUAAAAAGAGGAACUCGAUCUUAAUUUGGCUGAAGUCAAAUCAAAUCUAUAUGAGACAAAGGCUCAAGUGGUUGUUGAAGAAGAAUAAAUCAAAUAAGAGAAUUUGACUCAACUAACUAAGGAGCAUAAGAAAUAUAUUACCUAAGUGAAAAAAGUGGCAGAAGCUGCUGAUAUAUUGUUAAUAAUCUUGGAUGCCAGAGAUCCAUUGGCAUGUAGAUGCAAGCAUUUGGAGAGAGAAAUCCUUGGUAUGCCAGGAGAUAAAAAGAUAAUUUUGGUGUUGAACAAAAUCGAUUUAGUUCCUCCAGGUAAUGCAGAUGCAUGGUUGGCUCAUUUGAGAAGAGAAUUUGCAACUGUUCUCUUCAAAGCCAAUACCUAAUAAUAAUAAUCUAAUUUGUCUUCAGCCUCCAUUUACAAGAAAACCUUAUCUUAAAGACAGGAUUUGGCUGAUGAUUUGACCUCAUCUUCUAAAGCUAUAGGAGCUGACAAGUUAUUGGAAUUAAUAAAAAAUUAUUCAAAAAAUGACGGAGUUAAAAGUAGUGUGACUGUUGGUGUUAUUGGAUAUCCCAAUGUUGGAAAGAGUUCAGUCAUUAACAGUCUCAAGAGAAGUAAGGCUUGUGCAGUUUCUUCUACUCCAGGAUUCACGAAGGGUCUCUAAGAGGUUGUAAUUGACAGUUAGGUGAAGAUUAUUGAUUGUCCAGGAGUGGUUUUUGAUUCUGAGAACAAGGAGAGCACUUUAUUAAGGAAUAUCAUAAAAAUUGAAUAAAUUGAGGAUCCAAGAGAACCAAUUGGAGAGAUCUUGAAGAAGGUUUCUAAAAAUGAGUUGCUCUUACUGUAUAAAAUUCAAACAUUCAAUAAUGUGAAUGAGUUUUUGUGUUAAGUAGCUUUGGCUAGAGGAAAGUUGUAGAAAGGGGGCAUUCCAGAUUUGGAAUGUGCAGCUAGAAUUGUGUUACAGGAUUGGAACUAGGGAAAGAUUAAAUAUUUUACUGUUCCUCCUAAUUAAAUUGAAUAAGAAUGACUUAUUUAUUUGUUUGUUUCAUAUAAAUAUUUAAUAAAG